AUGCAGCACGCUCCAGCUCUUUCCCUCCGAGUGUUUGAGUGGAUGCGCCAGCAGCCCUGGUGCCGCCCACGCCUCGACUCCUACAGCCUCGCCAUUCAGAUCGCCGCCCACUCCCGCAUGUGGGGACGAAGCGAGGCGCUGUUCGAGGAGAUGCAGGCGGACGGCGUGCGGCCGGACUCGUUUGUCUUUUCUGUGAUGGUGCGCGUGCUGGCGCAGCAGGGGCGGUGGGAGGAUGCGAUUGGAUUGGUGGAGAGGCGGGCGGCAGCAGUCGACCCGGAGCUGAUGUCAUUAGUGAAGGUGCUCCUUCACGACAUGUCCUGCUCGCCACACGCCGCCUCCCUCACAGCCGCCCUCCUCUCCUCACUCUCCUCCCUCCCCUCCUCCUCCUCUUCCUCCUCCUCCUCCCCCACACCUACCCCUUUCUCUCUUGACCACGAGUCCUAUCGUCUGCUCCUCCGCUCCUUCUACUCCCACAACCACCUCCCCCUCAUCCCACCAACCGUAGCCAGCAUGAUUCAAGCAGGCUAUCCCCUCAGCCAAUGGGAUGCCGCCAUGUGGCUCGAUGCCCUCGCUGCCCAGGGCGACGUUGCAGGGAUCCGGACAGCUGUUGGGGAAAUUUUGGCGCUCGGGCUGCCCGAGCCGGAAAGUUUUCGGAUGGCCAUGGUUCUGGGGUUGGCGAGAGCGGGGGAGAUGGACCGAGCUUGGAGCGUGUUUGUCGGGGAGGGUGAGAGUGAGGGAGUGAGUGAGGGAGUGAGUGAGGGAGUGGCGAGCCAGGUUCCUCUGAAGCACGACGUGGAGGCGAGCAAGAGGGGCGUGGAGCCUAGUCUGUAUGUGAUGCUGGUGGAGGCAAUGGUGGGGGCGGGGCGGAUGAGACAGGCAGAGGCGGUGUGUGCGGAGUAUGGGCGGGCCCACUUGGUCACUGUGCAGAGGUUCAAAUAUGGGCGCCCCUACACUGUACUCCUGUCCGCCUACCUUCUGGCAGGCGAUCUCUCGUCCUUUUCCCGCGUGUGGGCGGCAAUGCGGGCAGGCGGCCGCCCGGCUGACAGCUACGCGCUUCGUCUGCUAGCCAAGGCCUGCGCGUCUGUGGGCGGGCUCCGGGGGCUGGCUGUGAUGCUGUGGGCGGCAAGAGAGGGUCGGGAGAGGGAGGUGGGAGGGAGUGAGGGAGGGAGUGUGGGAGGGAGUGAGGAAGUGGAUGGUCAAACGUGGGAUGCUGCCGGGGCGAGAGGUGGAGCAAGUGUGGCAGUGGCAGAAGGCAGUAUAACAGAUGAAGCCGGUGCAGUCAGCGGUGCAGCAGCAGCGGCAGCAGCAGGAGGAGCAGGAGCAGGUGCAGCAGGUGUAGGAGGUGCGUGUGCAAGUGCAGCGUUGGCAGGAUUACCAGAGCUGAUAGACUCGAUAGAGGUAUCUCCAGAGGAGGUGGAGGCGGCAGAGAGGCAGUUCCCGGUGCUGGCAGGCGAGCUGAGGGCCAGUGACAAGGCGCUCAGGGUAGUUGUUAGAUACCUGUUCAAGGAUGCUGACGUGGCGGCUGGAGAGGAUAUCGCGCCUGCGGAUGUGGCGUCUGGAGAUGAUGUAGCGUCUGCUGAUGUGGCAGUGAGUGGGGAGAAGUUGGACGGUGGCGUGGUGGAGAGUGAUGGGCAUGGGGUGGUUGCGGCGGGAAGCGGAUGGUCCGAGGAGCGUGUGGGUCUGCAGGCAGCAGCAGAGGAGGCUGUGUGUGUGCCAGCAGCAGCAGCGAGGGUGGUGGGUCCUGUGGGCGUGCAGGCAGCAGGAUUGCCAGAGGUGGUGGUGGGUGGUGGAAGGAGCGAGGCGUCAGAGGAGGCUGUGGGUGUGCAGGCAGCAGGGCAGCAGGCUGUGAGUGGUGGAGGCGUUGAGGCGUCAGAGGGAGAGUAUGAGGGUGAGGCUGCACGGGACGUGCUGGGGCAGUCGGUGUGCACGAGUGAUGGGAUGGAGGAGGCGGUGGAGGAAGCACAGAGAGAGGAGGGGGAGAGGGGAGCGGGGGGAGAUGAGGGAGACAAGAGGGAGGGAGGAAGAGUGGAAGAAGAGAGGGUAGGGAAUGGAGAGGGGGAGGAAGUGGGAGCAGCAGAGGUGAAGGGGGGGUUGGAGGGAGGGCGGGGAGGCAGAGGAGGGCAGGAGGGGGAGGAACGGGAGACAGUGGGGGCUGCAGUGGUGGGAGUAAGGGGCGGUAUAGGGGAGGCGACUUUUGAGUCGACGCAAAAGGAGGGGGAGGAGCGGGAGAAUGUGGGGGCUGCAGUGGUGGAAGUGAGGAUCGGGGAAGGGGAGGCCAUGGAGAGAGUGAGAUUGCCAGUGCUGGCAGCAGCAGGGGUCGAGGGAGGGAGGGAGAGCACCGUUGGUGGGCCCUCGCUGCGAAGGCCAGUUGUGGGCGGCAGUGAGGAUCAACGAGAUACAGUGCAGGCGGCUGUAGCGAAAGCAGCUGUAGUAGAGCGGGCUGUAGCGGAUGAGGCUGUAGCGGAGGAGGCUGUAGCAGAGGGUGCUGUACAGGCUGCUGUGGGUAGUAACGAGACUGACGUAGAGGCAUCUGUAGCAGAGACGGCUGUAGCAGAGGCGUCACCAAAGGGCGAUUUACCUGAGGAGAUGGUAGCGCAGGCGGGUGGAGGAGAGGCAGAGGUGGUGGUCGUGGAUGGUACUACAACGAAGGCUGAGGGGAAUAAGGCCGCAGACACUGAUGCUAUACCUGAGGAGAUGGUAGUGCAGGCGGGUGGAGGAGAGGCAGAGGUGGUGCAUGACACUACAACGAAUGUGACUGCAGCAGAGGCUGUGGAGAAUGAUGCUGUUGCAGGGGAAGGGGAGGGUGAUAGGGUAGGCAACAGGGUAGGCACCAGGGUAGGCGACAGGUUAGGCCAGAGGUUCGGCAACAGGGUCGGCGACAGGGUCGGCGACAGGGUUGGCAACAGGGUCGGCGACAGGAUUGGGGACUAUGUGCAGAGCACUUACUGGGGCGUGGUGUGGGACCCUGAGAGUGGCGCCGAGGGCAGGGAGGCGCGGCCGGGAGGUACAGGCAGGCGGGGAGGAAGGGGGGGAGGAAGGGAGGGAGGGCGGGAGUGGGCGAGGGUGGGGGAGAGAGUGCGGAGUGCACUGGAGGAGCUAGAGAGGGCGGAGGAGGGGGAGCUGGCGGAGAGAUGGGCGCAGCUGGCGCAGGGGGAGGGGGGGAGGGGCGGGGAGAGGGGCGGGGAGAGGGGGGGAGCGGGGGGGAGGAGGCAGGGGGCGGCUCAGAGAGUGGAGCAGACUUGGGAGCUGAUGGGGGAGAGGCGGGCGAGGCUGCGAGGGGAUCGAGAGCGGUUGAGUCCGGUGAUGGGGAUUGGUCGGGGAGUGGGGAAGGAGGGGAGUGAGGGGGCGGAAGAGGCGGGGAUGGGGGAGUGGGCGCAAGAGGGGGAACGGGAAGAGGAGGGGAGGGGGAGUGAGGUGGUGUGGAAGAGGGUGGAUCCAGAAGAGGCUUGGCUGUUCGUUCAAGAGCAAAUGGUGAGUGCAGUGCUGCUCGCUUGCUGGUAUGAAGAGUUUUUGAAGAACCAGCUAGUUCUGUUCACUUGCUUCUUCGUCCCCCUGCGCUCCCCCCUCCCAUCAGGUGGAUCUCUCCGCCCUUCCACCCCCUCCUGGCGCAUAGCCGCGGAUCCCGCCGCCCCUCCGCCCCCUCCUGCUGCAUGGGGGCGUGUUCUCUCUGCCCUGCGCGACCCCGGGCAGUACGGGCAGCUGAAAGAAGUUUACCGGAUGAUGCUAAGCGCUUUGGAGCGGGAGGGGACUCAAGUGCACGGGCAGCAGGGGCAGGAAGGGCAGGAGGUGCUGAAGGGGGGGCAGCAGGGGCGGGAGGAGCUGAGAGCGGUGCAGCAGGGGCGGGAGGAGCUGAGAGCGGUGCAGCAGGGGCGGGAGGAGCUGAGAGCGGUGCAGCAGGGGCGGGAGGAGCUGAGAGCGGUGCAGCAGGGGUGGGAGGAGCUGAGAGCGGUGCAGCAGGGGCGGGAGGAGCUGAGAGCGGUGCAGCAGGGGUGGGAGGAGCUGAGAGCGGUGCAGCAGGGGUGGGAGGAGCUGAGAGCGGUGCAGCAGGGGCGGGAGGAGCUGAGAGCGGUGCAGCAGGGGUGGGAGGAGCUGAGAGCGGUGCAGCAGGGGUGGGAGGAGCUGAGAGCGGUGCAGCAGGGGCGGGAGGAGCUGAGAGCGGUGCAGCAGGGGUGGGAGGAGCUGAGAGCGGUGCAGCAGGGGUGGGAGGAGCUGAGAGCGGUGCAGCAGGGGCGGGAGGAGCUGAGAGCGGUGCAGCAGGGGUGGGAGGAGCUGAGAGCGGUGCAGCAGGGGUGGGAGGAGCUGAGAGCGGUGCAGCAGGGGCGGGAGGAGCUGCAAGGGGGGCGGAGCAUGAGUCGUUAUGCUGCGACUCCUGAUGGGGGGCUCCCUUUACAGAGCUCUCUACUCUUCGUGCUGAACGGCGCUUGCGGCCCCAACCAGCCGUUCCCCUCCCCGGCGGUGCUUGUUGCCUUUGUUGCCUCUAAGGCCACUCAGCUGCCACCAGAGCCCCACGUGUCUGAUGAACUGGCGACAGCUGGCGCGGUUAUACCUGAUGCAGUUACGUCGGACAGGGUUACGUCUGCGGCGGCCCCGUGUGCCAGCUCAGCGUCGUCUGCGCAUGCCAGAAUGGAGCUUCUGAAGCAGCAGUUGAUUGGAGUGGUUCGGCCGGACGAGAGACGCGAGGAGGAGAAGUGGGAGGGAGGCUCGGUGGCCGUGCUAGGCUCGGCGGAGGCUCGGGAGGAGCUGGCCAAUCGGAUGGAAGCACUUUUACAGGCCAGUGCUGCUGCCCGGCAGGCUGCCUGGGAAGCGAAAACUGCCCGGCGGGCAGCUGAACAGGCAGAGUGGGCAGCGAAACAGUUGAUUGUGAACGCAGAGUGGAGGGAGGCGAGGGAGAGGGAGAGGGGGGUAGCAGUGGAAAGGUGGGUGAAGGGGAGAGGUAGGGUGAAGAGCGUUAAUGAGGCGUGGACUCAAGUGGUGGAGCGAGAUAAGGGGGUGGAAGUGGGGGUUGAAGGGGGACGAGAGAGGGGGAUUGUGGGGGGUGAAGAGGGGGGAGAAGGAGGGUCUGGGGGGGAUGAAGAGGGAAGAGUGAGGGGGGCGGUCAGGGGCGGUUUGGGGGAGGGGCCGGAAGGAGGCAGAUGGGGGGCGGAAAGAAGAGGGGAUAGGGAGGAAGAGGAGAAAGAGGAGGGUGCAAGGGAGAUUGGAGGUGGUGUGGGCGCAACAGGCGCGGGGGAAACAGACUUGGGGGAGCAGGGGGUGGGGGAGCAGAGGGAGCAGAGGGAGCAGAGGGAGCAGAGGGAGCAGAGAAGGCAGAGGGAGGAGAGGGAGGAGAGGGAGGAUAGGGAGGAGAGGGAGGAGAGGGAGGAGAGGGAGGAGAGGGAGGAGAGGGAGGAGAGGGAGGAAAGGGAGGAGAGGGAGGAAAGGGAGGAGAGGGAGGAGAGGGAGGCGUUUGCAGUGGGGGUGGCGGAGCAGGCACAAGGCAUCCUCCCGGACCCAGCCUCCUGUGAGUCCCUCCUCUCAGCCCUGCGCAUCGCCUCAACGCACCACGCACACCACCAAGGCCCCGCGUCGCCCCUGCUGCCCACAGCACGGGCCAUGCUGUGGCGCCUGGCGGGUGCCGGCGCUGCUCUGUCUGCUGCGGCCCUCAAUGAGGCCAUCCGCGAGGCUGCCUCGACUCUCCUCCACUGCCUCUCACGUGCCAACAUCCCUGUUCCGGGCGGCGCACUGUUGGACGUGCUGCGGGCGGCAGCAGCGCACAGGCAGGCGGACUUUUUCGUCUUCUUGCUGCGGGAGUGGAUUUCUGCGGAUGUGACUGUAUUGGGGGGCCCGCGGGCUCUAGAGGAGGUGCUACAGCUGCUGCUGCGAUGCAGACGACCCCACCAGGCUGUGUCGUGGUUCCGGCGCUGCCUGGGAGCACACCCACACGCCCCCCCCUCGCCAGCAGUGGUGCGGACGCUGCUGCAUGCGCUGCAGAGGAAAAGCAUGUGGCAUGAAAUGUUGGACGUGUUCGGGUCGCUACAGCACUACCCGGGCUAUCAUGACAAGGUCAACUACACGACGGUCAUCCGCACGCUCCUGCACUGCCGCCAGCCAAAGCUCGCCCUCACACUCUUCCGAGACAUGCUGGCAGCAGGGGUGCUCCACUGCGACCCCCACGGGCGCGUGCUGUCAGGCCGUGAUAACGACGCCACCCAUGAGAGGCUGCUGCAGGCCGUGCGGCAUGCGGCUCUCCUGGUGGGCGAUAGGGAGGUGCUCGGCAUGGUGGGCGGUGGUGCUGUGGGUGCUGGCGGCAAGACCAGGAGCGAGAGAUUCUGA